AUGAGUGUUUUGUAUUGUGAUUUUAGGAAAGGAGUGCCGCGUCAUCCAUUGUGUCCGUUAAUUGGUUUACCAAUUGAAAGUGGAGGUGGUGAAGGUAAAUGCCUUUACAUUGACACUGAAGGAACUUUCAGACCUGAAAGAUUGCUGGCAGUUGCUGAAAGAUACCAAAUGAAUGGACAAGAUGUUUUAGAUAACGUAGCUUAUGCAAGGGCUUAUAAUACUGAUCACCAGACUAAAUUACUCAUUAUGGCUUCAGCUAUGAUGGCUGAAUCAAGGUAUGCUUUACUUAUAGUUGAUAGUGCCAUGGCUCUUUAUAGAACUGAUUAUUCUGGUAGAGGUGAAUUAUCUGAUAGACAAAGGCAUUUAGCUAGAUUUUUAAGAAUGCUUCUACGAUUAGCUGAUGAGUUUGGUGUCGCCGUUAUCAUAACCAACCAAGUGGUUGCCCAAGUUGAUGGGGCUGCAAUGUUCAAUGCAGACCCAAAAAAACCCAUUGGUGGAAAUAUAAUGGCACAUGCCUCUACAACCAGGUUGUACUUGAGAAAAGGCAGAGGCGAGACUCGUAUGUGCAAAAUUUAUGACUCACCAUGUUUGCCAGAGUCUGAAGCCAUGUUUGCUAUCAAUCCUGAUGGUAUUGGAGAUGCCAAGGAGUAA